GAUAAUCCAAGUGUUAACAAAAGUUCAACAAUUAAUGUUGAAGAUAACCAAAUUGUUUAUAUAGAUUCAACAAUUGAGCUUGACGAAGCUAGACAGCUUUUGGAAGUCAUGCAAGUAGAAAACCAGCAAAAAUCACA